UUGAACUAAAAAUUAGUGAUAUUGAAGAGAUACCUAGCUCUGCAAUCACAUCAUUAUAUAGAUGUAAUAAUCCUAAUAUUUUAGAACAAUCAUUAACUAGUAUUGAAUUUCGUUCAUUUCUGAUAAGAAUCGACAAAUAUAUUAUAUAUAUAACUGCUUUGGGAUAUUCUAAUGAAGCUGAGGUUGAAGUUAGAUAUACUGUGAUAUUUACUAGUGAACAUUUAGGCAAAUAUAAAUUUACCUAUGCUGAGUUGGAAGAAAAACUUAGUAUUUCUUCAAAAACUGUAUCUAGUGCUCGAUUAUAUGCUGCUAUUAAUAGUUCUAGUUGUCUUGCAUUAUGCAAGUCUAUAAUAACAAGA